CAGCGUACCUCCAUCAGCACCCUGACGCUAGCUAUCUCAACUUUCUUUUUGUUCCUCCGGGAGUUUGAGUCCUUCACUAAACGCCGCAAGACCAACAAGGAGAAGAAAGAACGUAAACGCCACGAUAAAAAAAAAAAAAACACUUAAAGAAACAGCCAUGAAGUUGUCAAUGAUUCGCAGUGCCUGUGGCAGCAUUCGGAUACAUCCAGCCCGACCAGGAAGCAGAGUCAGCGGCUUUCCGAGGAGAUGUCUACCGGUUGGUCCUGCCAACGGUCGGAUCUUCAUCCGGGCGGCAAGCGCUACUAGCAGCGGCGGUACCAAGCAGAAGUUAGCUGUUAACUUUGGGCAACUGUCCCAAAAGGAAGAUGGGUUAGAGAGCGACAGUGUUUUGAGGGAUGUGAUUCAGAGCACCGAGGAGGCCAUGUUGGCUCUGCAGAGAAGGAAUCCAUCAGUCCAACCUUUGCUAGCCAUUAUACAGGCAGGUAAAGAUGACAGCUUGUUGGAGAUCAAUAAGAAAAUGGCAGAAACGAUCGGCAUAAAUGUCAUCCAGAUUUGUCUGUCAAAGGAGUGCAGUGAAGAUGAAAUUGUAGAGGAGGUGUUGAAACUGAAUGAAGACCCCAGGGUGCAUGGAGUUUACCUCCACCUCCCCCCUGCUUCCCUCACCAAUAGAGUGCUGAGCACACUGAAACCAGAGAAGGACGUAGACGGGAUAUCCGAUUUGAAUGUGGGCCGUCUGGUACGAGGAGACCUGAGCAAAGGCUUUGUGCCUCCCAUUGCAAGCGCUGUCCUGUAUCUGCUGGAGAAACACGAUACUCCUUUGGAGGGGAAAUCUGUGCUGCUGGUCGGAGGAGAAGAACCUCUUGUGGUGUCCCUGCAGUGCCUGAUUGAAAGGAAUGGAAUGGUAGCUCUCAAGAGUCAUUGGAGCUCCAAGAGUCUACAGAGACAGAUGAUGCAAGCUGAUGCUGUGGUCCUGUUAGGAGCAGGGAAUAUAGAUGUCCCACCCACCUGGGUUAGACCAGGGGCUGCUGUCAUCUGCUGUGAGCCCACCAUGGAGACAGAUGAAGAUGGUACUGAGAUGUCCUCAAAGUCUGGGUUAGGAUACCUCACAGCAGCUUACAGAACACAGAAUGUGGUGCGCAGUUGCAGUCGGUGGCUCAAGGAGCAGCAGUACCGCCCAUGGCAUCUGCGCAGCCUCAAACUGCAGCCCAUGACCCCUGUACCAAGUGACAUAGAGAUCUCCAGAGCUCAGACUCCAAAGCCAGUGGACCAGCUGGCUGAGGAGAUUGGUUUGCUGCCAGAGGAGCUCGAAGCCUACGGCAGGAGCAAAGCUAAGGUCCGGCUCUCCUUAUUGGACCGCCUCCACAAACAGCCUGAUGGGAAAUAUGUACUGGUUGCUGGUAUAACUCCCACCCCACUGGGCGAAGGUAAAAGCACGGUCACCAUCGGCCUUGUCCAGGCCCUGACUGCCCACCUGAAGCUCAACUCCUUUGCCUGUCUGCGACAACCUUCUCAGGGACCUACCUUUGGGGUUAAAGGGGGAGCUGCAGGAGGGGGAUAUGCUCAGGUCAUCCCUAUGGAGGAGUUCAACCUCCAUCUGACUGGUGACAUUCACGCCAUCACAGCAGCCAACAACCUGUUGGCAGCAGCCAUCGAUGCCAGGAUGCUCCACGAGGCAACACAAUCAGACAAGGCCUUGUUUAAUAGACUGGUCCCUUCAGUGAAUGGAGUCAGAAGAUUUUCACCCAUCCAAAUCUCCAGGCUACGUCGUCUUGGGAUCAAUAAAGCAGAUCCUGCAUCUCUCACACCCCAGGAAGUCAGCACCUUUGUUCGUCUUGACCUCGACCCCUCCAAGAUCACCUGGCAGAGAGUUGUUGAUACAAAUGACCGUUUCUUGAGGAAGAUCACAGUAGGACAAGCGAGCACUGAGAAAGGACAGAUCAGAGAGACUGGGUUCGACAUAGCAGUGGCCAGCGAGAUCAUGGCCAUCCUGGCUCUGGCAGACAGCCUGGAGGACAUGAAAAACAGACUGGCGCGCAUGGUGGUGGGGACCAGCCGCUCAGGACAGCCAGUCACCGCAGAGGACCUGGGUGUGAGCGGAGCUCUGGCAGUGUUAAUGAAAGAUGCCAUCAAACCCACGUUAAUGCAGACCCUCGAGGGAACUGGUAUCGUGACCGACGGGGCUGAAGAGCUCCAUGAGAAAUUUCCAUCCAGCUUGACAGUCCGUGCCCUUUCAUGCCCUCUUCGCUUGGGAUUAUGGGGUUUGGAGGAGACAUAG